AUGAAUUUGUCUGAAGAAUCAACAAUUAAUUUGGAUAGCAGAAGACCAAGAAACAAAACUGAAACUAAGUGUAAGUCUUAGAGUCCAUAAAUAAAACCAUAAUUUACUUAAUAUUAAUUGCAACAUAAGAAAAGUAAAACCAAAGAGAAAUUAGCUUAAAAAUCUGAGCAAUUGCCUAAUGUAACAAGAAAAUUAAACCCAAAAUCAACUAGUUUCUCAAAAAAACGGAAUCAAUUUAAACCUGCUUCUUAAGAUUUUUGUUUAAAAGUAAUUUGAUUGUAUUAACAAGUAUUAUAUUGGAUGGGGUAACAAUGAGGCAUUAGUGAAACGAAUCAUGUCAAAAAGAUUAUAAUGGAAAGAGACAACUGACUCAAGUUCAAUGCUUGUAAAUUUUAAAUGGCAAUAAAGUGAAAGAGGUUAUAGGUAUGAAAGACUUAUUGUAAGUUAAAAUUAUAAAUAACUUGUUAAUCAUUUUGAACAUCAUAAAGAAAUAUCAAAUAAAUCAUAUCUGAUAAAAAAUCUAUCUUUAUAUUGUGAAGUAAUUACAUAAUAAUAUACAAUAGAAACAUAAAUUAAAUGUAUUUGAUUAUACUCCAUUGACAUUUGUUAUUGAUUUUAGUGAUGAAAAUUGUGAUUAUAAUAUAACACAGUUUCUUAAGACUUAUGAGUAAUUUGCCCCAAAAAAACCAUCAUCAAAAUAGAUGUUAGAUGUUAAAAGAAGAUUAAGAGGAAACUUUUGUAAUGCUUAUCAAAGAGAACCAAUUUCAUAAUUUACUAAAAUUUAAUUAAACAAUACUUUCUUAGCAGAAGAUUCUACAUAUAUGUGGCUAUUGAAACCAACAUUUUUAAAUAGAGGAAGAGGAAUAUCAAUAUUUGAUAAUUUAGAGACUUUAGUAAAGUUAGUAUCAGAAUUUUAAGAAGGAUUAAAAGAGAAAGCAUUAAAUUAAAAAGAUGAAUCUUCUGGUGAUGAUGAUAUACCAAAAUAAGUAUAGAGUGCUUAAAUCACAAAGAAGGAUCCUAAUUAAAAUAUUAAAUAAUAACCAUCUGGUUAAUGUAUAAUUAAAUCACAUUCUUUUGUAAUUCAAAAAUAUAUAGAACGACCUGCAUUAAUUAAUAAGAGAAAAUUUGAUAUUAGAGUAUGGGGUUUAAUAACUCAUGAUUUAGAUGCAUAUUUCUUUUAAGAAGGGUAUAUAAGAACUUCAUCUGAAGAUUUCACAUAUAAUAUUGAAAAUACAUUUGUUCAUUUAACAAAUAAUGCUAUUUAAAAAUAUUCUUAGAAUUAUGGAUAAUUUGAAGAUGGAAAUCAAUUAUCAUUUAAGAAUUAUUAGGAUUAUUUAAAUUCUUAAAAUAUUAAAUGCAAUGUUUAAGAUGUAUCUUAUCAAAUAUAUAUUUUAGUUAAUUAAUAAAAUGAAAGAGAGAAUAUGGAUGGUAUUUAAUUCUGUAAAAAAUAAAAUAAACUUUGAAGAUAGGAAAUAUUGUUUUGAGAUAUUUGGAUUUGAUUUUAUAUUAGAUGCCGAUCUAGAAGUCUGGUUAAUAGAAGUUAAUACGAAUCCUUGUAUAGAAGAAUCAAGUCCAUUAUUAAAAAUGUAUAUCCCAAGAAUGUUAGAUGAUGCAUUCAAGUUAACUCUUGAUAUAUUAUUUCCUCCAUAACAUCCUCUUAAACAAUCACUACCAUAGAUUUGUAUUAUUGAUAUCUCAUAUUUGCAGAUUAAUUACCUUAAAUAAAAGAAGAGUAACAUUCAGAUUAUCCAGUUGUUGGUUAUCCUAAUGAUGAAAAUAUGUGGAUGCUAUUGGGUUCAUUAAGUGAUAGAAAACUUAAAAAGAAAAAAUGA